AUCAUGCCACCGCACUCCAGCCUGGGCAACAGAGCGAGAGCCUGUCUCAAAAAAAAGAAAAAAGAAAAAGCACUGAAACAUGCGACAUCCACCUUUUUGUAAUAGUUCCCACGACCUACACAAAUGCAUACAAAAUGCUUAAUAUUUUGCUUGCGCUAUUCUUUUCUGCUGGAAGGGUGGUUCUGAAUAAAAAAUUUUAUUUUCCCAUUCUUUGUUUUUUCAUUAAUGCUACUUUCUUUGCCCCAGGGUUACAGAGUGGAAAGUCCCACAAUCUUUUUCUUCUCUAUUUUCAGGUAGAUGCAUUUUAUUACUAUAUUCUAUCUGUCUGUUUAUUCUAUCUAUUCCAUUUAUCAUCUACCUACCUAUUAUUAUCUGUCAUCUGUAUUCCAUCUGCCUAUCAUUGAUCUAUCUGUCAAUCUACAUUUUGUCUUGUAGAAAAACACUGACCUCUUGGUGAGAAUGCACAGAAGGGAAUGCUUAUACACUGUUGGUGAAUUGUCACCCCUGCAACUCAGCCUGCAACCAGCCCUGGCCACCACCAGUUUCCCCACACUGAGCUGAAUAUUGGACAUGCCCAUCUUAGACAUUCCAGCCCAUUCUGAAAUUCCACAUCGAUUCACCUGACAAAGUCUGAAGUUCCAGGGCAAUUUAUCUGGAAAAGCUCACCUGGAAUCACGUGUCACUUCAACCAACAACUAUGGAAGAGGACGUGGCAUCAAAACCAAGGGUAUCAAUUAUUUAUAAGGGUUGUGUGAUGGUUGGUCCAGGUAUCUCUCCUUCACGCCAUCACUCCUUUCAAGAGCUGCCAGUUUUCUAAUUUAGCACAGGAAUUUAGAUGCCCCUAAAUAAGUAGGCAUCCAAUAUCUGCCCACACCACUUUUUGUGAGAGUCCGUAUGGAGACACUACCACCACCGCUGCUCUCCUACUGCAUACCCCACCAUGCCAAAGAAUGGUCGCUCACACCUGUAAUCCCGGUGCUUUGGGAGGCCAAAGAGAAGGAACACUUGAGAUCAGAGGUUUGAGAUCAGAGGUCAGAGACCAGCCUGGGCAACAUAGUGAGACCUCAUUUCUACAAAUAAGUUAAAAUAUAUAUAUAUAUAUAUGGCAUAGUGGCGCACAACUGUGUUCUCAGCUUUUCAGCAAGCUGAGGCCGGAAGAUGACUUGAGCCCAGGAGUUUGGGGCUGCAGUGAGCUAGGAUUAUGCCACUGCACUCUAGCCUAGGACAAAGGGCCCUGGGUGCCGACUUCCUGGGGAGGGCCGUGCCCCGCUGCGGUUCGGGGUCCCCCGCGAGGCUACCCCUGUGCCCUGGGUCUCCCCGCGGGGGCGCUCGGAGAGGUGGAGCUUCCCCCGCAGCCCCGGCGAGUCUCCCCGACCUGCCGGAUGCCUUCCCUGGAAAGCCGACGGCUCCUCUAGAAGACCGCCCUCCAUCCCCGGGUCCGACGUCACAAAACCUCCUGCGGGUCACCUCGCCUGGGGAACCUCGUGCGCCCUCCCUGGCAGCGACCGCAGGGACACUGGCCUCCGUUUGCCCAGCGGCAGGUCCUAGGCGUGGAAAGUACACAUUUCUCCCAGUUCGCCCGCCCCCUGCGGCUCGGAGCCCGAGAACCGCCUGCUCUCAUUUCCAAUCGGAUAAUAGGGACGCUGAGAACAACAACUAGGACCAGCACCGCGAAGGCGUUCCUCUCGUGGGUCAGAGGUCGGCGCCCCUGCUCCGCAGCACCCAGUACCCACCCAGGGACCCCCGGUGGCCUCAGGCCCCCAGUCCCGCCCCGGGCUCCCGAAGCCCUCCGGCCCCCCAGGCUCGUCCCGAGACCUGCGGCGCAGCUCCGCCGGCGGGGAGGGCCUGCAGGCCGCAAAGCUGCGCGAAUGCCCCGCGCCCUCCGUCCACCGUCCUCAGACUAGCGGCGC